AGUGUCGUCAUCUCUUAAAACCAAUAACGCGUCGUCGUUGGUUGGUGGUCAAGGAGCUACGCAAGAGUAAUCUCCUUCCUUUGCUUCUCCUUCUCUCUCUCUUCCUCUUCCUCUCUCUCUCGAUCGGUUUCUCCCUCUUUUUCUUUGUCUCUCGCACAGACCAAAAGCAAACGCACCGCCUCUCGAAUCGCGAUUCUCCCUUUCCGUGCGUGUCAUGGUUCGGAUCAGGGUAGCUUUGAUGCUCUUCUCCCCUCCUUAGCUACAUCUAGCUAGCUCUAGCUAAUUAAGCUAUUGCCUUAAGCUAGCUAGAUCCAGAAAUCUGACCUAAUUAAUAUCCGAUCAGUAAGCAGCUGGUUCGUCGAUAUAUACCUGCAUCCGUUCGUUCAGGAAGAAAACCGAGAGGAUCGAAGGGAUAGAACUCCACGACCUGAUCAAUCGAUCGAAGAUGGUCGAGGGCCUCGAGGCGGCGAAGGACGUGGUGGACUUGGAGAAGGCGAUCGACAUCAUCGAUGCUGCUGCUGUUGUUGAGGCAAUAGCUGGAGAAGAAAAGGUUCCUGCAGAUCUGCAAGUGCAGGUGCAACGCGAUGCCAGUAAGCUGAAUAAUCAGCAUGCCCGGAAGAAGUACUGGCUGCUGCUGUGGUUCCUGAUCGUUGUUUGGGUGAUGAUUCUGACAGAUCAUUUCUUCGACGUCGACGGAGACCAACAAAACGAUCAUGCCGAAUCCGACAGCCCGCAUUCCACGCUCGCCAAGUUCAUCGGCUUCCUGAGUGUCAUCUGCCUCAUGUUUCGCGCCCUUGAUUAAACGGUGGCAGUUGCGUGUCACUGGGCCUACUAUCUGCGCGUCACUUCUGCUCUCACAGUUCAUGUGUUAAAUUUGUUCUUUUAUGGGACGAGGAGAGCACGUUUGCAACUCAAUUAUAAGUACUAUGACUUAUGAUUGUAAUAAUAAAUUCGCUGGGACUUGUAUGACUUAUGAUUGUAAUAAUAAAUUCACAGGAGACCAAGGUUGUCAG